CUAAGAUUUUCUAUUAGAGAAAAUUCGUUUAGCACAUUUUUAGUACAAAGUUGUGAAAUAGUUGACAAAUGAAAAAGUUUAAAGUGGCAGCGCUUUUUUGUAGGGCAGUACAUCCAUAUAAUGUUCAUUAAUUCGGGAAAAACAUUCCAUGAGUAAAGACAAUGGAAGGGAACGAGCACGAUGACGCAAAAAAAUCAUUGCUGGAGAGUCUGAACGAUCUCUAUAAGCUAUCUGAAAAUAAAGUACUGUCUCAGGCGCAUUGCUUAUUCAUGACCGUCUACGUUAUUGCCCUACAAACGGGUUUUAUACCGCAAAGUUUUAUUGUUAAUCGACUUAAGGGCUUAGUGCCCCUUGACUCUUGGUCCACAACUCAUAAAAGCAAUGUGAAAAUCUGUUGUAGUCAACCGCCAUCGUAUCAUCGCGAUUCCCCGCAUGAAACUUAUUUUUCAGAAAAUUUUAUUUCAGCUCUUAAAUCCGAGGAGGAGGAUAAAUUGAAAUCUAAAUUAAUCGCCAUAAUCACUGGUGACUUUAUGAUGCUCACCUUGUCUCCACAUCCAAUGACAAACUUGCUGGGGCGCAGCAGUUGUCUGUCCAUCGGACGUUACGUUAUAGAUCAGUCGGAAGGUAAAACCAGCCUAGACAGUUGUUAUCAAAAGUUAGAUCAGUUGCAAAAUCAACUGCGCAAUGAAUUAUUUGUGCCAUUGCGUGUGGAUCAGCUGACCCUGUUAGGCGCCUUUCCAUUGCCAAGUUUUAUGGGAAUUCCGCGAGAGCUUCGUAUCGAAAUCUAUAAGCAUUUAAGCUCUAAGGAACUGCACAAGCUAAAGCGGGUUAGUAAAGACAUUCUCUUGGAAAUAAAAAUAUUUAGAAAUAAAAUUUAAGCUGGCGAAUUUUGACGCAUUCAAAGUACAAGUGAUAGAAAGUAACUGUAAUACAAUAUUCAAUUAUUUUACAAUAAAAAUUUGUUAAAUAUAAAGCGGAAA